CACCAUCGUCCGCCGGUCCCUGGCUUCGCUCCCCAACCAUCCACAGUCCCUCUCUCCACAGGCGGCCACGCGUUUCCCCACCUUCGGGACGAAGACGAACCUUCCCGAUGGCGACGCCGAGCUCCACCCCAGCCGCCCCCGCCGCCGCCGCUUCCGUCUCGCGCCUCUCGCUACUACGCCCUUCCCUACACCGCCUCCGCUUGUGCCCAGCACCAUCGGCCGCCGCGGCCGCGGCUUCCCCCAUUUCCCUGAGGCCGGGCUGUCGUCCCUCGCCCAGUAUCCGCUGUCGAGCCGCCGCCGGGCCGUCGCCGCCCUCCUCCGAGCCUCCUCCUCCUCCGUCUGGUUGGCAAGAGAGGCUGUCAAGGUUGCAGGAUAGAGCACGGAUAUUCUUUGCAGUUCUGUUCUGGAUGUCAUUGUUUUUCUGGGGAAGUGCCUGGGAUGGAAGUAACAAUUCAGGAGGCAAGAAGAGCCAGCGAUUUCGAAAGAAAUCAAAGUGAAGAUGCUCUAGGAUUGACAUUUUUCUAGACAUAUAUCUUCUAUUCAAGGACUGAUGAAUGUAUAAUGAUGCGUAGUGAGUGUGUAGGCAUAGAAAGCUGUUGUUACAUGGUUGCAUUUCAGCAACCAUUGCCCUGAAGGAAAUUACUUGAUCGUGUUAACGUUUUGUGUAUAUUGCCGAUUAUUGAUAUAGAGAUAUGGGUGGCAUUAUAAAGGAUUAAAAGAGACAUGUAUGCAUGUUCCUUGA